AAUGGUACACUCUGAAAAGCUCCGGUUCAAUCUGAGCUAGCCCGAAUUUAUACCCAGAAUACUGCGCUGUGUCAGCAGCUAAGGACUAAGUUUUAAAAGUGGUCGUGGUGUCUUUGAGUUUAACUUAAAACUACUAUUCACCAGUAUGUCUUCUCUAAAAAAAGGAGACUUGUCCUCAAGCGAAAAGGAAUUGUUCGAGGUUAUUACUGCAGGAAAUGUUCAGGAAGCCUCGCGGCUGCUGGGCUGUAAGAACGUCAGAGUCAACUGUUUGGAUGAGUAUGGGAUGACCCCUCUGAUGCACGCUGCAUACAAAGGGAAGGCAGACAUGUGCAAGCUGCUGCUUCAACAUGGAGCAGAUGUAAACUGCAAUGAACAUGAACAUGGAUACACAGCGCUGAUGUUUGCUGGCCUGUCAGGUAAGACUGAUAUCACAUGGAUGAUGUUGGACGCAGGGGCAGAAACAGAUGUGGUCAACUCCGUGGGAAGGACCGCUGCACAGAUGGCAGCUUUUGUUGGACAACAUGACUGUGUUACUGUUAUCAACAACUUCUUCUCCCGUGCCAGACUGGACUACUACACCAGGCCUCAAGGACUGGAGAAGGAACCCAAGCUGCCACCCAAACUGGCAGGGCCGCUUCAUAAGGUCAUCAUGAGCACCAACCUGAACCCCGUCAAGAUGGUGCUGUUAGUGAAGGAUAACCCCCUGCUGGCUGAGGCCGAGGCUCUGGAUAAAUGUCGAAGAGUGAUGGAGCUCAUCUGUGAGAAGUGCAUCAAGCAGCAGGACAUGAAUGAGGUCUUAGCCAUGAAGAUGCACUACAUCAGCUGUGUGCUGGGAAAAUGUGCCUCCUUCCUCAAGGACCGUGAUGAUAAGCUGGAUGGACUCAUCAAGAGUUUGCUGAAGGGUCAAGAUACAGACGGUUUCCCGGUGUAUCAGGAGAAGUUUAUCCGAGAGUGUAUUCGUAAAUUUCCGUACUGCGACGCCACCCUGCUGCAGCAGCUGGUCCGCAGCGUUGCUCCUGUGGAGAUAGGUAAUGACCCGACAGCUCUGUCAGUGCUGACUCAGGCUAUCACUGGCCAGGUGGGCUUCAUGGACACAGAGUUCUGUACAUCAUGUGGAGAGAAGGGAGCUGAGAAGAGAUGUUCUAUCUGUAAAAUGGUGAUCUACUGUGACCACACAUGCCAGAAGAUGCACUGGUUCACACACAAAAAAGUCUGCAAGAAGCUACAAGAGCUGAGGGAGAAGCAAGAGGCUGAGACAGCUAAAUUGAGAAUGCAACAAAGCAAAGGUAUCACAAGAAAAGAAGACAGUGCAGCAGUGCAGCAGGUGACAGACUCCAUGCAGGAGCUCUUGGCAGAGACCAGCAGUAAAGAAACCCCCUCAGAUUCUAACGCCGAAACCCAGACCCCCACCACCGUCACUGCUGCUGACAACUGAGGAAGACUGCACAUAGAAAAAGCUGAACACAUGCAUAACAGUACUGUUCACUACAGGCAAAGAGACUGCAACCAGAUGAGGACUGGUCCAGCAGGACGCAAAAAAGGCCCUAUUUAUUGACCACCUGAGACUUCCAUAGCAGAGUUUUGUUAAGUGGUCAUCCAUGCGUCAUUUUUCUGUUAAUUCCUAUGGUUUUUAUUAUAAUACUGUGCAUUUGUGAAAAUUCCAUUUGCUGAUGUAUUUAUGUUAGAGGAUGUGAAGUGCUAGAGAUUUGCAUCCACGAUGGAAAAUAACUCCGCCUUAAGAAACAUUAGCAUCCUGUGCAAGAAAAGAAAGUAUCUGUGUAACCAAUCAGAGCCUUUGUUUGCAAGUGUGUGAUUGUUAAGACAUUCAGAUGAUUUUUGUACCUCAUUUUGGAUUGUGAAUGCAUAGUGUGGGUCUGCACAAUUUUGACCAAAAAUGUCUAUUUUUAAAUGUGGACAACCAGUUUAAUGUGUGUGUGGUGGGAUGAUGAUGUUAACCCUCAGGAUAUUACAAAAUGUAAUGAACAGAGAAAUUUCAGUUGAAAUGCAAUAUUAAGGAUUCAGGAAACAGCACAACAUCAUGUUCAUAUAAACUACUUACGGGAGCUGUGGCUCAGAAAUGCUUUUUUAAAAUUGUGUAGCCUGAAUGGACAGAGAAGAUGAAGUCAAAUUAGGCCUAAUAGGACUUUGUCACUGUGGCUUCCAUUUUGUCAAAUACCGAAUAACUCAAUUUAAUCAUUUAA